GCGGCAACCACCCAAGACCAAGCAAGAAGCAAGCAAGUAAGCCAGCAAAACAAGCAGCAAGCAAGCAAGCAGCCAGAGAACGCAGUGCAACCACCACACAGCAGCGCAGUGAGAAGCACGGACGGUUAGCAAGCAGCACGUUCACUGCAAUUUGCGUGUGCACUUCUUGCGCGGCGGUGAGGAAGAAGACGAUGAUGGCGCUGAGGAUGGCUGGCCAACACGUUGUUGGCAGGCGUGGGUGUGCAUGUGCGUUUGCGCAUGGGUGCUCUAUUGCCAGUGGCACACAUGCACGGAGCUUCAGCAGAAGCACGAGUGGUUCGUCGGCGUCCUUGGUAUCGUGGGGUGCGAGCGAUGGGCUGGGGCUUGGCGUUGGCCGAUCCGCCGCGGAUUAUCCGCUCUACCUGCCUUACUUUGUGGAUGUUGGCGCCAACAAGCUUCCAACCAAAGUGGCAGUGGGAACGAACCAUGCUGCAGCCAUUAUCCAAGAUGCAAUAGACGCAACAUCUUCGCCACAGCUCUUCAUGACAGGCUUGAACACACAACGGCAACUUGGAUCCACCACAAAUGAUCAGAUGCUCACCACCUUCAAAGCGAGCGCACUUCCCGAUGAUGCAGUUCCACGCGACGUGGACUGUGGCCGCUGCCACUCUGUCGUCGUCUCGGAUGCCGGGGUGUUUGCCACGGGCCUCAACUCGCUCGGCCAGUGCGGCGCGGGCGCUUCCCUGCGCACCCUGCCGACGUGGCAGCGCGUGUAUGACGGCGAUGUUGACGAUGUGGUCUCUGUGACGUGUGGCCUCGACCACACGCUGCUGCUGCUGAAGGAUGGCACCGUCCUUGUCUCUGGCUGGACAGCCGACGGUCAAACAGGGUUGCCUGGGAUGACUGCAAAUGCACACACGUUUACGCGCAUUCCCGGGUUGGAAGGCGUCAUCUCUGUAUCCGCAGGCGCCGACACGACGCUCUUCCUCACACAGGCGCUGGAUGAUGGCGCGUACACGUGGGGCACCGGCGCCCUCGGCUCUCACGGUCACGCGGACAACAACCACCACCCGCACGCGAUUGUGUCCACGCCAACCCGGCUCGUGUGCGGGCGUGUGCUGGGCGCUGCGUGCGGCAGCGAGGCAUCCAUCCUCAUUGUCACCCCGGAAGGCAGUCAGUAGCUACAGUGUGCGCAUCAAGGCCCAUGGGAAAUGCAUUGACGCAAGGCAGGCUAAGUUGCCACAGCGACCACCCCACCCCGUGUUCAAACCAUGUCAUUUCACGUGUCUAUACCAUACAUCGUGGAGGCCAAGUAUAAACAACACACAAUCGGUCAA